AUGUGUAGAAAGACAUCCAAAGACAUGCGUUGGCACAAAGAAAGGGAUGCUACUAAAACAUAUAGAGUGAAUGAUUGUGAUAGGAUCAUAGAUGAUGAUGCCCUUUCUAGGGAAGAGGAGGAUGAUACGUUUUUGGAGGAUGAGAAUGCGAUACCAGGUCCAACAAGUCCUGGAAUUAAUAUGCACGUAUACCUUCAACCACUUAUUGAGGAGUUAAAGGAGCUUUGGGACGUUGGUGUUAAAACCUAUGAUGCUUACUCUAAAACAAAUUUCAUUUUGCGUGCAUCACUACUAUGGACUAUCAAUGACUUUCCUGCAUAUGCAGAUUUUUCUGGAUGGUCUACCAAAGGUUAUUACGCUUGUCCAUGUUGUCAUAAGGAAACUAAACGGACUUCGUUGAUGCAUAAGGGUGGUUAUUUAGGGCAUCGUCGUUGGCUUCCAAUAAAUCAUAAGUGGAGAAAUGAUGCCAAUUCUUUUGACGGUAAAAUUGAAAAAGAUGUUGCACCAGUUCCAUUGAGUGGGGAUGAUGUAUUACAACAUUAUAGCCGAUUCUCACAAGUAAAAUAUGGGAAGAUUGUAGGGAACAAAAGAAAAAGGGAUGCUUCUAAUAGCUUGUUUGGGUGGAAAAAGAAAAGCAUUUUCUUUACCUUGCCUUAUUGGAGGAAAUUGAAAAUUCUUCAUAACUUGGAUGUUAUGCAUAUUGAGAAAAAUGUCUCUGAUAAUAUCUUGGGUACUUUAAUGAGCAUACAAGGCAAAAACAAAGAUACUUUAAAGGCUCGAUUGGAUUUGGUGAAGAUGAAAAUCAGAGAUAAGUUGCAUCCUAAAGUGCUUGAUGGUAAGGUACGUGUUCCUAUUGCUAUAUAUACAUUGAGGUCAGAUGCAAAGGUUGCCAUAUGUCGUAUGCUUGCAAAAAUGAAAUCUCCCAAUGGAUAUCUAUCAAACAUUUCUCGUUGUGUUAAAGAUAAUGGAAAAAAGAUAUCAUGUUUGAAGAGCCAUGACCAUCAUGUUUUUAUUGAGCAGUUGCUUCCCCUUGCACUUCGUGGGUUUUUACCUAAAGAGGUUUAUGACCCUCUGAUUGAACUAAGUUUUUUUUUUCGAGACCUUUGCUAUAAAAACAUAAGUGUUGGUCAAUUGGAAGAACUUGAAAAAAAAAUUCCUUACACCUUAUGUAAGUUGGAAAUGAUAUUUCCACCGGCUUUUUUUGAUGUUAUGGUGCAUUUAGUUGUACAUCUGGCAACUGAGGCAAAAACUGUUGGACCAGUUCGAUAUCGGUGGAUGUAUCCUAUUGAGAGGUAUCUCCGAACAUUAAAAUCAUAUAUUCGAAAUCGAGCACAUCCAGAAGGUUGCAUUGCUAAAGGUUAUUUGGCAGAUGAGUGCUUAACAUUCUGCUCUAGGUACAUGAGUGAUAUUGACACUAAAUUCAAUCGCAAGGUAAGAAAUGACGAUGAAGAUAUAGAAGAGGAUACCAUAAAAUCAAACCUUGAGGUUUUUAGACCACUUGGACAAACCAUUGGGGGGAGUACACCAAAACAUUUAGAUCAUCUAGAGUGUGAUCAAAUCCAUUUUUAUAUUCUUCAAAACUACGAUCCACUUCUUAAGUUUGUCCAGAAACAUAAGUUGGAAUUGGAGAAGGAAUGUCCAAGAAAUGUAGAACGGAAGCACAAAGAACAAUUUUCCAAAUGGAUACAAAAUCAAGUACAAAAAAUUUAUAAACUUGGAUGCUGUGAUAAAGACUUGUAUAAUUUGGUUUGUGGUCCUUCUAGAGUUGUAGGGCAUCACACAGCAUACAUUGUAAAUGGUUUCCGUUUCCACACCAGUGAUAGGUCAGAAAAUAGGGAAACACAAAAUUCAGGUGUCAUGGUGCGUGGUGAUCCUGGAGAAAAUCAUGUAUUUGUGUUCAAAUGCAGUUGGUUUGAUGUAGAAAACCUUGGUAGAGGGUAUAAGGUAGAUGAGCAUGGUUUGAUUAGUGUGAAUAAGAAUAGACUUUUGAAGUCAGAUGAUGUGUUUGUGCUAGAAUCCCAAGUGGAGCAAGUAUUUUACAUAGAAGAUGAAAACAAUGAGAAUUGA